AUUGUUGUUGUGGUCGAGUCAUCGUUGGAGGGAAGGACUGUGGUGUGUUGGUCGUCAUGAGCCGAGAAAGUGUAGUUAAAAGUGUGGUCUCCACCUACGAGAAGCUCAAGAAUGAGUGGUCCAAGAAGAAUAGGAAUCUGGAGACUUGUGGAAAAUUGUUAUCUGAUAUAAAGGUUGAAUUGACAAAGCUUCAAUUCUUACCUUCAAUGGGACACAGCGUGUCGAAGGAGGAACUGCUGGUAGCUCGAAAUACCCUUGAGAUUGGUGCAUUGUGGAGCAUUGCCAAUAAGGAUAUCCCAUCCUUCGAGCGAUAUAUUGCCAUGCUUAAGAUAUACUAUAUGGACUACAGGGAGCAGUUGCCCGAGUCACCCUACAUGUAUGAGCUUCUUGGUUUAGACUUACUGUGUCUCUUGGCCCAGAACAAAGUAGGAGAGUUUCACACCACCUUGGAGCAUCUGCCUCCACCAGCUGUCACCGAUAAUGUUUAUAUCAGACACCCAGUUGCUAUGGAGCAGUACCUUAUGGAGGGAGCAUACAACAAGAUCUAUUUGGCAAAGGGUGAGGUUCCAGCAGAAGGGUACAAAUUUUUUAUAGGAGAGCUGUUAGCCACUAUUCGUGAGGACAUUGCCGACUGUGUUGAAAAUGCCUAUGACAGAAUCAGACCAGAGGACAUUGGGAAAAUGUUAUAUUUAUCAAGCACGAAGGAAAUUCUCCAGUAUUGUGAGCAGCGUGGAUGGCAAGUGGGCACUGAUGGUUAUUUGCAUUUCAAGAAAGAGGUACGGAAGAGUGACGACAGCAUCCCUUCUAAAGAGUUGGCGAACCAAAUGAUUAAUUAUGCUCGAGAAAUGGAACAAAUUGUAUAAUGAAACUCACUAAGUUUUCAGUCAUAAGGUUUUCAUUUUCGAUUUUAUUUAUUUUUUUUCUAAUAACAAUACUGUAUGUAAAUCAUCUGUAAUCGAUUUAUUUUCAGUACUAUCCUUUUCACUUAGUUUCAGCUGCAUUCAAUUUCAAAUCUGUAGGAUUCUUUGGCAUGUAAGGCUAUUUCUCUUUACUGAAUUUAUAAUAAACCUUUAGAAAUCUUGA